UGCAGCCGGACUGCAGCUGCGCAGAGAGGGAGAGAGAGCCGCAGAAACAGCAGCCUCCGGUGCCCACACACACACACACACACACACACUGAGAGAGAGAGGAAGGUGAGGCUGAGCUUUCCCUGCGCACCUCUGGAUCGGACCCGCAGAACCCGCAGGACCCGCAGGAGGAGAUCCUUCCUCCACCCGCAGCUCUGCGUCAAAGGUUCCUGAACCUGACCUGUGACCCUCCUGUGACCUUUGACCUGUGACCAUGGCGGUCCGUGAAAUUCUUCGGUUUGGGUCAGACAGUCACAGGGAUCCAGAUCCGGCAGCAGCGGCGCUUUAAGAUUCGGUCCAGACGCUCUUCUUCUUCUUCUUCUUCUUCUGUGCGUCUGUGACUGAGCCGCCGCCCAGCAUGCGUCCGUCCCUCGCCACCGCGGUUCUCCCACCCAGGACCCGCUCCCACAAUCCCCCCAACCUGCCGGUGGGAGGCCGCGAACACCUGUCGGCCCCCCGCCGGCGCAGCCCCCACCUGCGCCACACGCUGAGCCCGGAGAACCUGCGGACGCUGGCGGAGCGCGGCGGGGCGGCCGUGGACUCCGCCUCCGUCAUCGGCGGCCCAGUCGGACUCACGAGGGCCAACAGCGACACCGACCUGGUGACCUCGCAGAGCCGCUCCUCGCUCACGGCGUCCACGCUGGAGUACACGCUGAACCGCGGCCAGAACCUGGUCAUCACCUGGGACAUCAAGGAGGAGGUGGACGCCACCGACUGGAUCGGGCUGUACCACAUCGAUGAGACCAGUCCGUCCAACGUGUGGGACUGCAAGAACCGAGGCGUCAACGGGACCCAGAGGGGCCAGAUUGUCUGGAGGCUGGAGCCCGGACCCUACUUCAUGGAGCCGGAGACCAGGAUCUGCUUCAAGUAUUACCACGGGGUGAGCGGAGCCUUGAGGGCGACGACUCCCUGCAUCACUGUGAAGAACCCGGCGGUUCUGGUGGAGGGUCUGGCAGAGCAGGUCGGCGUUGAACAUCCACGGAAACUCAUCAGCUUCACUUUAACCGAUCUGCGCUCCACCGGCUUGAAGAAAGGCAUGUUUUUCAAUCCGGACCCGUACCUGAAGAUGUCCAUCCAUCCUGGGAAGAGAAACAUCUUCCCGGUCUUCAGCCACCACGGACAGGAGCGCCGGUCGGCCAUCAUCGCCAACACCACCAACCCCGUCUGGCACGGCGAGAAAUACACGUUUGUGGCGCUGAUGACGGACAUCCUGUACAUCGAGGUGAAAGACAAGUUUGCUAAAAGUCGUCCAAUCAUCAAGCGUUUCCUGGGUCAGCUGGCCAUUCCUGUGCAGCGGCUCAUCGAGAAGAUUCCAGGGGUCCAGCCGGUCAGCUUCCCGCUGUGCCGCCGCCUGCCCACCGAACACGUCAGCGGCCAGCUGCAGUUCCGGGUGGAGCUGACGUCCACGGGGCCCGAUGGUGCCUCGCCGGACUCCAUCAUCGGCCUGUCGCCGCUGAACGGCGCCCCGGGAACGCCGUCAGACGACGAGGACCUUCCCCACCCGUUGCCAGGCGUGGUGUCCGCCGGCCUCUCCCCCACCGGCCCUCAGGGGCCCCAUGGCCUGUGGGAAGGCGGGGCCGCCGCCCUGCCGGAGAAGGAGCUGCCCGCCGUGCGGCCGGCGCGCUUCGUGGAGGCGACGGCACUUUGUGAGCGUUCCAUCCUCCAGCGGUCGCUGAGCGAGGGUCUGGAUGCCAUCGAGGCCCCGAAGGGGCCCGGUGAGAGGCCCCUGGGCGCCGCCUCACCCAGGCAGUGCUCCAGCUUCCCCACGCACACCCGGCUCAGCGACAUCCUGCACAUCGAUUCCGACGAGGACGAGGAGCGCUCUGCCAUCAACGAGCUGCCGCCCCUGCCGCCGUCGCCGCUGCUGGUGAACGGAGAGCCUGCUGAUGGCGGCGGAGGGCUCGACGAUGACGACCUGUUCCUGGUGGAACCGGAGCUCCCGCUGCAGGGGGCAGAGGGAGGGCCUGGGGACGCCCUGGGUGUAGAGCCGGGUCUGGAGCUGGACGACGGUUUGGAGCCAGAGGUUUUCCUAGAGGUGGAGGAGGAGCAGAAUGUUACCCAUGAUGCUUUGCCAGAGGCUGUGGAGGCUCCGGAACAGGAAGGGGCGCCAGGCAAAGACCCUACGUCAGAGAUGGAUUCCUUCUCCAUGGCAACGGCUCCUCAGACCGCCGGCUCCUCAUCAGACAGCGGAGCGGUUACCAUGGCUACCGCUGUGGAAGCCGAUGAAGGAGCGACGACAGCCAUCGAUCCGGGGGGAGACGGGGAGCCCGGCCCGCCACCGACCUCCCAACCUGGGGAUGAUGAGGAGGAGGAGGAGGAUGAGGCAGGAGGAAGAGCGGCGGCCUCCGAGGUCGAAGCAGAUCCUCCGGCCGCCAGCGAGCCGCCGCAGGAGGAAGAGGAGGAGGAGGAGGUCGGCGUGAGGAGGCAGAGCCUGCAGGCUGCGGGCGGCGGUCAUGACGGACAGGAAGUGGCGGAGACCAAGACUCGGGAGGAGGGGCGGUCUGUGGAGCACGUUUCCACGGAAACAGACAGGGAUGAAGACGCUCCUGUUAACGGCCAUCCGGUCCGAUCGCUGCCAUCGGUGCGCCACGACAUCCACCGCUACCAGAGGGUGGACGAGCCGCUGCCCCCCAGUGAGUACUGGGAGGCUCGGAUCGACAGCCACGGCCGGAUCUUCUUCGUGGAUCAUGUGAACAGGACGACCACGUGGCAGCGGCCCACCGGACCGCCCGCCCCGCAGGGCCUGACCCGCUCCAACUCCAUCCAGCAGAUGGAGCAGCUCAACCGCAGAUACCAGAGCAUCAGGAGGACCAUAACCAGCAGCGAGCGGUCAGAGGAAUCCUCCGCUGAGCUGCCGGAGCCGGAGGGCGAACUGAUGCCUCACUCCAUCUCUGAAUAUCGCAGAGAAAGCGCCGUGGCUCACUCCAGCGGCCGUUCACGCCUCUCCCUGCUGCUGCAGUCGCCCAGCGCCAAGUUCCUGUGCAGCCCAGACUUCUUCACCGUGUUGCAUUCAAACCCCAGUGCCUACCGCAUGUUUACGAGCAACACCUGCCUGAAGCACAUGAUCAGCAAGGUGCGGCGGGACGCUCACUACUUCGAGCGCUACCAGCACAACCGCGACCUCGUGACCUUCCUCAACAUGUUUGCCAACAAGCAGCUGGAGCUCCCUCGCGGCUGGGAGAUGAAGCACGACCACACUGGGAAGCCUUUCUUUGUGGAUCACAACUGUCGGUCGACGACCUUCAUCGACCCCCGGCUGCCGCUGCAGAGCUCGCGUUCUACCGGGCUGCUGGCCCACCGCCAGCACCUGAGCCGCCAACGGAGCCACAGCGCCGGGGAGGUGGUGGAUGACUCCCGGCAGAGCGGCCUGCCCACCAUGCCCCGGCCCUCCAGCACCUUCAGCGGGUCCAGCCGCAGCCCGUACCACGACGUGGUUCCUGUGGCCUACAACGACAAGAUAGUGGCGUUUCUACGGCAACCCAAUAUCUUUGAGGUCCUGCAGGAGCGGCAGCCCGAGUUAGCCAGGAACCACUCCCUAAAGGAGAAGGUCCAGUUCAUCCGCAGCGAGGGCGUCAACGGACUCGCCCGUCUGUCCAGCGACGCCGACCUCGUCAUGCUGCUCAGCCUGUUUGAGGAGGAAGUGAUGUCAUACGUGCCGCCGUUGCUCCACCCAGGUUACAGCCUGUCUUCUCCUCAGAGCUCUCCAGGAACGCCGCGCGCCAACGCGCGAGCGCCCGCUCCGUACAAGAGAGACUUCGAGGCGAAACUGAGGAACUUCUACCGGAAGCUGGAGACGAAGGGCUACGGCCAGGGGCCGGGGAAAGUCAAGCUCAUCAUCCGCAGAGAUCACCUGCUGGAAGACGCCUUCAACCAGAUCAUGUGUUAUUCCCGUAAAGACCUGCAGAGGAGUAAACUCUACGUCAGCUUCGUCGGCGAGGACGGGCUGGACUACAGCGGACCGUCCAGAGAGUUCUUCUUCCUGGUGUCCAGAGAGCUCUUCAACCCGUACUACGGUUUAUUCGAGUAUUCGGCCAACGACACGUACACGGUCCAGAUCAGCCCCAUGUCCGCCUUUGUGGACAACCACCACGAAUGGUUUCGGUUCAGCGGGCGGAUUCUGGGCCUGGCUCUGGUUCAUCAGUACCUGCUGGACGCGUUCUUCACUCGCCCGUUCUAUAAAGGCCUUCUGCGCAUCCCGUGUGACCUCAGCGACCUCGAGUUCCUAGAUGAGGAGUUCCACCAGAGCCUGCAGUGGAUGAAGGACAACGACAUCGAGGACAUGCUGGACCUCACCUUCACCGUCAACGAGGAAGUCUUCGGACAGAUCACGGAGAGAGAGCUGAAGCCCGGCGGGGCGGGAAUCCCCGUGUCUGAGAAGAACAAGAAGGAAUACAUCGAGCGGAUGGUGAAGUGGCGCAUCGAGCGCGGCGUGGCGCAGCAGACUGAGAGCCUGGUCCGAGGAUUUUAUGAGGUGGUGGACGUGCGGCUGGUGUCGGUGUUUGACGCCCGGGAGCUGGAGCUGGUCAUCGCAGGAACAGCAGAGAUCGACCUGACCGACUGGAGGAACAACACCGAGUACAGAGGAGGUUACCAUGACAACCACAUAGUGAUCCGCUGGUUCUGGGCGGCUGUGGAGCGGUUCAACAACGAGCAGAGGCUGCGGCUGCUGCAGUUUGUGACGGGAACGUCGAGCGUUCCUUACGAAGGUUUCGCCUCGCUGCGAGGAAGCAACGGACCGCGCAGGUUCUGCGUGGAGAAGUGGGGGAAGAUCACAUCUUUACCCAGGGCUCAUACCUGCUUCAACCGGCUGGACCUGCCUCCCUACCCGUCCUUCUCCAUGCUGUAUGAGAAGCUGGUGACGGCCGUGGAGGAGACCAGCACCUUCGGUUUGGAGUAACUCCGGAGCGUCUGGAAAUCCCAUGCUCUCGUUGCGGAGAAUCAGAGAAGAAGAAACAGACGGUGUACCAACCUGCUGCUCCUCCGUCGCUCCGGUUCUCUGAGGAGACGGACGGAGAACCAGAACCGCUGGAUGUUGUAAAGUUUCUCGUUUCAUGUGAACCCGUUUCUGUCACUGAGCCACAUGUGUGCUUUAUCUCAGCAGCCGCUCCGGCCGACCUUCACACUGGGGUUACCUGCACUCACUCACCUGUUCGCACAAACCGGACCCGCUCCUGGAGGACGGGCCGGGUUCUGAUGGGUUUGGUUCUGGAGAGCCCGGUUCUUUCCACACCUGUCUGAUGAGCAAUACUUUCACUUCCUCCCAGUGGAAACUCCACUUCCUCCUAACAGAUGACAUCACUUCCCAUUCAGUGGCGAAUGUACCAAACCUGCGGCUGAAUGUACGAGUCCAGAACACCAGAAGGUUCUGGACGGCCGGAGCUGGACGGGCCGGAGUCAGAACAUAAUGAAUGCCAUAGUAAAUAUUACAUGGUUCUGUUCAGGCUUAGAAUGAGGUCAAAGGUUCUCAGCUUUGGGACCGGGUUCUGGUUCUGCUCAGUUCUGCUCAGUUCUGCUGGGUUUGGAUCCAGGUUCUGCUGACAACCCAGUUCAGACCCAGCUGCAGUGGUGGGUAAGCUCCCAGUAAUGCGCUAAACGCAGAUCUGGUUUCUCUUUUAGUGCUUUUGCUAACUUUCAAUAUGUUUAGCACAGUUAGCUUCUGCUAAGCUAAUUUUUUCAGAUAAACUCCAAAGCCAUUGUUUAUUGGGUUGUUUUAAUAAAGUUAUUGACUGUUAAGAAUAGUUCAAGUAGUUUAUUUUCUCAUUUUGAAGUAGCAGCAGUGUGUUUCCUUUCUGUUUAUGAUUAGCGCAUCAGCAUUAGCUUCUGCUAAAUCACAUGUUGAUUUUGUAUUAGCUGAACUAGUGUUUGUGAUUAGCAUGAACCUCUGUUCCUGUUGAUGUAGCACUUUAGUGUUAGCUUCUGCUAAGCAUCACAUCGUUACAGCUCUGUAGCAUUAGUGGAAGUAACAGCUGAGUUAGCAUUGCCCACCACUGGACAGCUGCUCCUCUAAGGUCACUGCUGAUGUUUUUCCAUUUUGGUGUCGCGCUAACACACCUAGGCUCUCCAGAGCUGCAGCUAGCUGCGCUAACACACCUAGGCUCUCCAGAGCUGCAGCUAGCUGCGCUAACACACCUAGGCUCUCCAGAGCUGCAGCUAGCUGCGCUAACACACCUAGGCUCUCCAGAGCUGCAGCUAGCUGCGCUAACACACCUGGGCGCUCCAGAGCUGGAGCUAGCUGGUGCGUCUGACCUCUUGAUGACGUUUGGUCAGAUGUCGCCUGAUUCUCGGUCCACCGUCUUCAGCCCAGAUGUUUCUGUGAAGCUCAGGUGAGUUUCUGAAUGUGAGGUUUGUUUUUGUCCCAGUGCCUCUGAUGGUUUCCUGUUCCUAACUGGGACACAUGGACGUUUCUGGGACAUGUCCUCAGUAAAACGCUGCUCUUUGUCCAAAAUGUAAGAUAAAACAUCCGUCUGUCCUCUCGCUGGAGACGCUGCAUGUUAGAUCUACGGAAGCCUGUUGGAGUCAGACCACAGGAGCCACGGUGGUUUUACUAUCCUCCCAGUGCUCCCAGUCUUCCCAGUCUAAUCCUGCAUGCAGGGUCUGUCCGGUCCGGCUCCGUGAGCUGCUCCUGGCAGAGACCACUAGGUGGCGCUGUGUUGUAGCUCCAUGUUGCAUGCUGAAGUAGUGCCGCCUUUCUAGCUCCUGUGCAUGAGGAUUCCUGCUCUCCAUUGACGGAUCUGGGUCAGGUUCUGGUGAAGUCGGUUCGGUUCGGGUCGGCCCGCCGGGCCAGCAUGGUUCUGAACCGUCUAUCUUAGUAAUGAGCUGACAGGACUGGGGUUCGAAGAACCGUGUACAGAACCAUGAGUCUCUGUGUGUAAAUGUCUGUCUGUCUGUUGUGUGAAAAUAUCUCCGUUUUGCACCGAUUGUACCAAAGGUUCGGGCCUGGCGGAGCGGGCCAGGAGGCCGGUUCUGGUCCGGUCCGACUCAUCUCAUGUCUGGGGAACUUUGUGCAUGAGGAACCUCAGGUUCCGGUCGGACCUGGAGGUUCCAGAACAUUUCCACUUUUCAGAACUCCACUCUAUGCAAGGCGCCUGUAUGUUUGUCUCCAUUUCACUUCGAUUGUAAUAAAGAAACCGGAGGAGCAUUUGAUACGA